AUGGCAUCUCCCGGCUCCGGCUUUUGGUCCUUUGGGUCUGAAGAUGGCUCCGGGGAUCCCGAGAACCCUGGCACAGCGAGAGCCUGGUGUCAGGUGGCCCAGAAGUUCACCGGCGGCAUCGGAAACAAGCUAUGCGCCCUGCUCUACGGAGACGCCGAGAAGGCGGCGGAGAGCGGCGGGAGCGAGCCCCCGCGGGCCACCUCCCGGAAGGCCGCCUGCUCCUGCAACCAGAAGCCCUGCAGCUGCUCCAAAGCCGAUGUCAACUAUGCGUUUCUACACGCAACAGACUUGCUGCCAGCUUGUGACGGAGAAAGACCCACUUUGGCGUUUCUGCAAGAUGUUAUGGACAUUUUGCUUCAGUACGUGGUGAAAAGUUUCGAUAGAUCAACCAAAGUGAUUGACUUCCAUUACCCUAAUGAGCUCCUUCAAGAGUAUAAUUGGGAAUUGGCAGACCAACCACAAAAUCUGGAGGAAAUUUUGAUGCAUUGCCAAACAACUUUAAAAUAUGCAAUUAAAACAGGGCAUCCUAGAUAUUUCAAUCAACUUUCCACUGGACUGGAUAUGGUUGGAUUAGCAGCAGACUGGCUGACAUCAACAGCAAACACCAACAUGUUCACCUAUGAAAUUGCUCCAGUAUUCGUGCUUUUGGAAUAUGUCACAUUAAAGAAAAUGAGAGAAAUCAUUGGCUGGCCAGGAGGCUCUGGCGAUGGAAUAUUUUCUCCUGGUGGCGCCAUAUCUAACAUGUAUGCCAUGCUGAUUGCACGCUUUAAGAUGUUCCCGGAAGUCAAGGAGAAAGGAAUGGCCGCUGUUCCCAGGCUCAUUGCCUUCACGUCUGAGCAUAGUCAUUUUUCUCUCAAGAAGGGAGCUGCAGCCUUGGGGAUUGGAACAGACAGCGUGGUUCUGAUUAGAUGUGAUGAGAGGGGGAAAAUGAUCCCAUCGGAUCUUGAAAGAAGAAUCCUUGAAGCCAAACAAAAAGGAUUUGUCCCUUUUCUUGUGAGUGCCACGGCUGGGACCACCGUGUAUGGAGCAUUCGAUCCCCUCUUAGCUGUCGCUGACAUUUGCAAAAAGUACAAGAUCUGGAUGCAUGUGGAUGCAGCUUGGGGCGGGGGAUUACUGAUGUCCCGGAAACACAAGUGGAAACUGAGUGGCGUGGAGAGGGCCAACUCUGUGACAUGGAAUCCACACAAGAUGAUGGGUGUCCCUUUGCAGUGCUCUGCUCUCCUGGUUAGAGAAGAGGGAUUGAUGCAGAGUUGCAACCAGAUGCAUGCCUCCUACCUCUUUCAGCAAGAUAAACACUAUGACCUGUCCUAUGACACUGGAGAUAAGGCCUUGCAGUGCGGACGCCACGUGGAUGUUUUUAAGUUAUGGCUCAUGUGGAGGGCAAAGGGAACAACUGGGUUUGAAGCACAUAUUGAUAAGUGUUUGGAGUUGGCAGAGUAUUUAUACAAUAUCAUAAAAAACCGAGAAGGAUAUGAAAUGGUGUUUGACGGAAAGCCUCAGCACACCAAUGUCUGCUUCUGGUAUGUACCUCCGAGUCUGCGUGUUCUAGAAGACAAUGAAGAGAGAAUGAGCCGCCUCUCAAAGGUGGCCCCGGUGAUUAAAGCCAGAAUGAUGGAGUAUGGGACCACAAUGGUCAGCUACCAGCCCUUGGGAGACAAGGUCAAUUUCUUCCGCAUGGUCAUCUCAAAUCCCGCAGCAACUCACCAAGACAUUGACUUCCUGAUUGAAGAAAUAGAACGCCUUGGACAAGAUUUAUAA